CUUUUGGCGGACAUUUACAAAUCCUUCAACACAGUUUCUGACUUCCUAUGAAUGUAACGUUGUUGUUAGUUACUCUAGGGCAUUAUCAACAGAUGUGCUGGUGUAUUUGGAGUCAUGAGUGAAUUCAGGAUUCAUCAUGAUGUUAAUGAACUGCUCGGCCUCUUGAAUGUUCGAGGUGAAGAUGGUGCUGCGGUUUAUAUAGAUUUACUGCAGAAGAACAGGACACCAUAUGUCACCACUACAGUAUCUACACACAGUGCCAAGGUUAAAAUCUCAGAGCACUCCAAAACACCUGAAGACUUCUUGAGGAAAUAUGAUGAGCUGAAGUCAAAGAAUGCACGUAACCUAGAUCCACUGGUGUAUCUCCUCUCCAAACUCACUGAGGAUAAAGAGACUUUGAAGUUCUUGCGGCAGAAUGCCAAGGAGAGAUCAGAGAUUUCUACGAAUGCCACUUCAAGCACCACAUCCUACAGCAUUCCUGCAACCAGCAGCAAGAUGUCUAUGCAUGAACUGGAGGAGUUGCGGAAAAAGCUGGGCAACGUCACAGCCAGUACCACUGUGCCUCAGUCUUCUGAGGUCAUCCGUAAAAUGCUGAGAGACAGACAUAACAAGAAGAACCCCACUCAACCGAAUCCUGUGUUUCCAAACUGGGUGUAUGAUCGGCCUGCACUGAUUGGAGAUUUCAUCCCUAGCCCCACCCCUGUGGGAGAUCCCGUUGUGGCUAUUGGAACAAUGCCACUUGCUUCACAAGAGCAAGCUUUGGUUGAAGACCUGCUGUAUGUGCUGAUUGGUGUAGAUGGGAGAGACAUCACUGCUCAGCCUGUGCUAGGCAGACAGAGCCGCUCCUUCAUAGUAGAUCCUUCCCUGGACAUGUCCAUCAAAGAGCUCGUCAACCGGAUAUUACCUGUCGCAUCUUGUUACUCCACUGUCACACGCUUCACUGAGGAGAAGUCAUCCUUUGAGUAUGGUCAAGUGAAUCAUGCCCUGACUGCAGCCAUGAGGACUCUGAUGAAGGAAUAUCUCAUCCUGAUAACACAGCUUGAGCAUCUUCACAGACAGGGCACGAUCUCCCUGCAGAAGCUCUGGUUCUACAUUCAGCCCACCAUGCGCACCAUGGAAAUCCUGGCUUCCAUCGCCACCUCUGUUGAUAAGGGUGAGUGUAUGGGUGGGUCAACAUUAAGUCUGCUUCAUGAUCGUACGUUCAAUUACACCGGAGACAGCCAGGCUCAAGAGCUCUGCCUUUAUCUAACCAAAGCAGCCAGCGUCCCGUACUUUGAAAUACUGGAGAAGUGGAUCUAUAGGGGCAUCAUUAAAGAUCCUUACAGCGAAUUCAUGGUUGAGGAACAUGAGCUGCAAAAAGAGAAGAUUCAGGAGGAUUACAAUGAUAAAUACUGGGAUCAGAGGUACACUAUCGUCCAGCACAGGAUUCCAGCCUUUCUGCAGAAAAUGGCAGAUAAGAUAUUAAACACAGGGAAGUAUCUGAAUGUAGUGCGAGAGUGUGGCCGUGACGUCACCUGUCCUGAUGCCAAAGAAGUUCUUUACACUCUUAAAGAGAGAGCGUAUGUGGAGCAGAUCGAGAAAGCAUAUUAUUACGCCAGUAAAGUUCUGCUCGACUUCCUGAUGGAGGAAAAGGAGCUUGUUUCACGCCUGAGGUCAAUCAAGCAUUAUUUCUUAAUGGAUAAAGGGGACUUCUUUGUGCAUUUUAUGGAUCUGACGGAGGAGGAGUUGAAGAAGCCGGUUGAUGACAUCAUCCCUCCACGCCUGGAGGCCCUGCUGGAGCUGGCUCUGAGGAUGAGUACUGCAAACACAGACCCCUUCAAAGAUGAUUUAAAGAUUGACUUGAUGCCUCAUGAUGUCAUCACCCAGCUGUUGCGCGUUCUCGCCAUAGAUACCAAGCAAGAGAAAGCCAUCAUUAAUGCAGAGCCAACAGAGGUUUCACUCAGUGGAUUAGAGGCUUUCUCCUUCGACUACAUUGUCAAGUGGCCACUUUCACUCAUAAUUAACCGGAAAGCCUUGACGAGAUACCAGAUGCUGUUCAGACACAUGUUCUACUGCAAGCAUGUGGAGAGGCUGUUGUGUAAUGUGUGGAUCAGCAAUAAAGAAGCUAAACAGUACUCACUACACUCUGCUAAAUGGUUUGCCGCAGCGUUCGCAUUAAGACAGCGAAUGCUUAACUUCGUUCAGAACAUUCAGUACUACAUGAUGUUUGAGGUUAUGGAGCCCACAUGGCACAUCAUGGAGAACAACCUGAAGUCUGCGUCCAACAUUGAUGAUGUGCUGUGUCAUCACACCAGUUUCCUGGAUAACUGUCUGAAGGACUGUAUGCUCACCAACCCUGAACUGCUCAGGAUCUUCUCCAAACUCAUGUCUGUCUGUGUCACGUUCACCAACUGCAUGCAGCGGUUCACCCAGAGCAUAAGGAUAGACAGCGAGAUUAAACGUCUAACUCUCGAGCACGGCACCAUGGAGGGCUCUCUAGCCCCAAGCAAACUAACUGAAGAGGCUGAGAAAAAGAGACUGGCCUCUAAAUUCUUGGCUGAGCACGUGGAUGCCCUGCAGUCUGACUCAGGGUUUGAGGGGACCAUCAGUAAGUUUGACAGUAACUUCAGCACCUUAUUGCUGGAUCUUUUAGAUAAGGUCAGCAUUUACAGCACCAACGACUGUGAACACAGCAUGAUCAACAUAAUAUACAGAACAAAAAGUCAUAUAACAUCACGGGUGAGUAAACAAUGACUGAAUUUUCUCUUGAAUUUUUUAAGUAAAAAAUUGUGCAACUGUCUGAAGAAAAAAAAGUGUCAUUAAAAGGCUGAAAUUCAAUUCAAUUUUAUGUUAAUCAUUAGCAGUUUUGUUUUAAAAUAUUAAUAAAACAUUUUUUUAUUUCACAUAUAUUUAUAUACUGUGUGUGUGUGUGUGUGUGUAUGUAUGUAUAUAUAUAUAUAUAAUUACCUUUAUGAAAAAUUAUAGUUAGUUCAGGUCAUAUGCAGUAACCUCAGGAAUAUUUUAUGCUUAUCAUGAUUCAAAAAUGAUAUGAUAUUACCUUGAAAAUAAAGAUUAAGUAUGUACACACAUUUACAAGUACUUUUUUACUUGAUGGAUACACCGCUUGACAUUAUAAAAGUCAUUGUAUCAAAACUUUGAAAGCCAAAUACAAAGAUUACCUUUUUUUAGAACUUGGCACAGCUGUUUAAACUUGAAUUUUAAAACCUCACUCCUUUUUUAUUAUUUCGGAAAUACUUAUUUUUGUCAAUAGCUGUUUCCAUCCAAUUUGCGAAUUUAAUUUACGCAAAAAAACAUAAUAUUGCAAAAGCAAUGUGCAGAUAAAGCCACGUUUCCAUCCUAUGUGUUCAAAAGAACAAAAUCAUCACUUCCAGAGAAAUUGUAGCCACUGUGACUCUUUUAUUAAUAAAAUACUCGUGGUUUAGAGCACGCAGACAAAACACUGUAAAGAACGUGGCUGAGUUUGGAAUGGCAUACUACUCAUUUCUGCUGUAGACACAUAUGGCAGAAUUAGUAAUAGUAUGGGUGGGAGUGACAGUGCGCCACAGUUCUGGGAGCCUUAUGUGUUUGAGUUCAUCCAUUCUUAUGAUUUUACCAUGCGGAUCUAUAAUAUAUUUUUCAAAAGUGUCAGCAAACCUGCUCUUCCGCACAGUUCAAGUUUGGAUUCAAUUUAUUUAGUGUGCAAACUUUAUGUAGGCUUUGGAUUUACUAGACACCAUUGAUUUCAGGAUGACGAGAGCAACUUUUCAAAUGUGAUGAUUGGUCCGUUGGUUAGUCCAGUUAUGAAUGAAUUAUUCAGUCACAUGACUUUAUUGAUGUGCGUCUUGUAUUCCUAAUAAAUUGGAGUUUAUUUCAGUAAAUGUUUCCAUCAUGGUUCAUGCGCAUUUCUUCUUAUGGAAUAAAAAAUGUAUCGUAUACAUUUUUGAUGCACAUUUUGCUAUUGAUCCAAUACUAUUUUAAUCUGAAAACUUGAACUGCUCACAGACAAGUUCUUUCAACCUUUAUUUUAAUUCAGUCUCUUCAACAGAAAAAUGUAGCUUUGAUAAUACAACUUCUUUUUAUAGGCUGGACUUCAAUGGGUUUUACACAGAGAGACUGGAGCGAAUGGCCAUUGAGAGGAGCCAGAAGUCUGCUGCAUAGCAUCAUCAAGCAUAAACAACAUGAAGGACAUCAGCAAUAAGGAAAUUGUGUUUUAAAGUGUAUAGUGUGGCUGCCUUUCUUUUCACUUAAUAUGUUAAAAUAUGUUAUUCUGUUAUGUGCUGCUGUAACAUAAAGCCCUUAAAAAUGUAUUGCUUCAUAACUAAAUAAAACCUUGUCUUGUUUGAUCAGUUCUCCCAUUGAAACGUAUUUAAUGGUCUUUUUUAAACUGUAAACCCAAUAAAAUACAAAAGGAAAAAUGUA